CCGGUCUGGAGACGCCUGCGCGCGGCGGGGGGACGGUUCAGAUGGAGAUGGCGCCCAACUCCAAAUCUGAAAAGGACGACAACAAGCAGAAAACACCCAGGAGACACAGAGACCAUGUCGUCAAGUUGCUCGUGCGCGGGAAGCUGUCAGGACAGUUUUCUCAGCGUCUCUUCAGAAAGCUGCCGCCCCGGGUGUGUGUCCCAUUAAAGAACAUCGUCAGCGAGGAGUUCCUGCGCGCAGGACAUAUAUUUCUUGGCUUCACCAAAUGUGGCCGCUACAUUCUGUCCUACACCAGCGACUGGGGAGAAGAUUAUGAUUUCUCCUUUUAUACGUAUCAUCUGUACUGGUGGGAGUUCAACCUGCACAGUCGACUCAAGCAGGUCCAACAUGUACGGCUGUUUGCAGGAGAGGAAAUUUACAGUGAUCUGUACCUGACUGUGUGCGAGUGGCCUAACGACCACUCCAAGAUUGUCAUCUUUGGCUUCAAUACUCGCACGUCAAGCUCGGUCCUGAAUUUGAUGAUGAGCGAUGAGAACAACAGAGACAUCUACAUCACUGUUGCGUCCAUGCCACCUGCCAGACCGUGUUCUCAGUGCCGUCCAGUUCCCUCAGCCUCUACGACACGCACCGGUGGCGAGUGUCUCCAACACGGAUUUGUGCUGAACAGCAGGUACCAGGUGGUCUAUCCGUUCCCGACUUUCCAGCCGGCGUUCCAGCUGAAGAAGGAUCAGGUCAUCCUGCUGAACACCAGCUACUCUUUGGUGGCCUGCGGCAUCUCGCUCUGCCCCGGUAAACAGGGCCAGUCAUCUCAGAUCCUUUACACGAAGAGAGCAGCCCUGUCAGGCCAAGCCUCGGCGUCUCCUUCCCCCACCGCCUCAGCCUCUCCUUACUCACUACCUCAAGGAUCUCCCGAAACCCGUCCACCGCCGAACAGGUCCGGUGCAGUCCCUUCAUCUCCGAGCCACUCCCAAGCCGCCAUGCGAGCUCGGGAGUUUGCUGCUGAUCUGUUCAGGCGAGCCCAGGGAGGAGGAGCCGGAGUCGGUAAAGAAAAUGAGGGCCAGGGAGAGAAGAGGCCAGCUGAAGAAGCUGCGCACAUCCCAGGAGUCAGAGGACCGAAUGCAGAGACUCCGAGAGAAGAGGAGGAAGACUGUAAAGAGUGGCGAGCAGAGGGGAGGCGGACUAGUUUGCUUCAGGCGUCUACAUCAGGUGUGAGUCACUCUCAUCCACACUGCUCUGAACAAGUGAUGUCUCCUGCGUCAUCUUCAUCGUCCCAGUCGUCCUCGUCCCAUGAAGUGAGCCCCGGCGAGCCAGGAUACGUCAACUAUUCACGGCUGCACUACUGUUUACAACAGCCAGGGGCGGCAGAGCAGAGUACAGGAGGUUAUGAAGACGAUAAGGUGCAGCUGCCUUUCACUGUCACUGAUUUGAAAGGACGAAACCUGCAGCUGGUCACCGGCACUCACAGCGGACAGAGUGUGUGUGUGGAGCAGUUGACUCUGGACUUUGAGUAUCUUAUCAAUGAGGUGAUCAGGAGCGACGCAGCCUGGGCUCCACAGUUCUGCUCCUUCAGCGACUAUGACGUUGUGAUACUGGAGGUGUGUCCAGAGACCAACACUGUGAUGAUUAACAUCGGCCUGCUCCUGCUGGCCUUCUCCACCUCAGACGAGGAGCACUGCAGGCCCAACACGUACCAUUCCAACCUGCAGGUCAGCUGGGACCUCAAUACAGGCGUGUGUCGCACCGUGGGCGUCGGGGACCUGACAGAGGUGAAGGGUCAGACCAGUGGGAGCGUGUGGAGCUCCUACAGGAAGUCCUGCGUCAACACGGUGAUGAAGUGGCUGAUUCCCGAGAGCAGCUCCCGCUACAUCACCCGCAUGAACAACGAGGCUCUGCACAAAGGCUCCUCGCUGCAAGUGUUGGCAGACAGCGACCGCUGCACCUGGAUCGUAUUAUGAAGAGAGGAAAUUUCCACAUUUGUCAAAGUGUCUCACACAAACACACACACACACAGCCUCAUCUUCAGUAUGAAGUAAAAUCUGCUCUCGUUCACAGGCAGAGUUUUUGUUAACAUGUUGGUCACUUCAGAUAGUUCUACAGAUGGCAUACUGUUAAGACGAAGUUUUAUAGUUUCAUUUUUUUAAUUGUAUUCUGUGUUAUUGGAAAAACCAAAAAGACAGACUGAAAGAUUUAAUUUUUUUUUUAAUUACUUUCUGUUUUUAUACAUGAAUUUGUACUUGUGUUGCGUCCAACCUGAACGUAUGCAAUAUCUUUACCUGUGUCAUGCUCACAAGGUGAAUUUUCUUUGUGUAUUUAUGAUUGAGUGUGUGUGUUUGUUGAAUGUGACCGCUGCUUUUGGACGACUCGUUUAGUUUUUUUUUUUUCCUGGAUCAGCUCACCGGAGCUGUGAGGAUCCCUGGUGCUGCAGUAUUUGAGACCAGAUGGAGUGAACUUCACUUGCAUCUCUUCUGUUUUCUCUGUUUUUUGUUUUUUUUUUACAUCCGCUUAUGAGGAGUUCCCUGGUUGUCGUCAUACUUGUGUAGUCAUU